ACAGUGGAAUUGUGGGAUUUCGUCUCGUGGAGCGACUCUUCGUCGCCACCGCUUCAGCUCUGAGGCUGCGUCCUUUCGAGAUUGAACGAUUCCCAGCGCCAUGAAUAAAGACGGCUCCUUUUCAAAGAACUCCAAGGAGGAUACCCAGAAAUCAGAGAAGAAAUGCAAGGCCUUCAAGGAUAUUUCCAAAUACUUCUCUAAGGAAGAGUGGGCAAAGCUUGGAUACUCAGAUAAAAUCACCUAUGUGUACAUGAAGAGAAACUAUGACACCAUGACUGGUCUAGGUCUCAGGGCCACCCUCCCAGCCUUCAUGUGUCCUAAAAAGGGGGCCAUGAAAUCCAGUGGGCAUGAUUCUGAUGAAGAUCAGGACCCCAAGAAUCAGGGUGAACCUCGUCAGGGGCCUUCUGAUGUGCAAGAUCGAGAGCAAAUGAAGGUGAUGCUCAAGAAGCCAAUAAAGGAAGAAAGUGAUUCAGAACCAAUACCAAUAACACCUGGCCCUGAGCAGGCUCAGAAAGAGCUGUGCCCCCCAGGAAAAGCAAGUACCUCUGGUCAACAGAGCGAGAACAUACCAGGACCCAGGAGAGGGAUGAAUAGUAUUUGGGCCUACAGACUGCGGGAAAGAAAGAACCUAAUAGUGUAUGAAGAGAUCAGUGAUCCCGAGGAAGAUGACUAA